AUGAGUUCAAACCAACCCCCUAUACUUGUUAAUUCAUUUAUUAACGAAACCAAAUUCAAAGAGACUGUUGAAAUAAUUGUAAAUUCUAAAAUAAUAGAAGGAUGUUUAUCUCUUAAUACUUUAACUGGGCAUGUUUAUCUUCAAUUUCAAAGUGCUAUUCAAUCAGAUGCAAUUGGAGGAACACCACAAAAGAAAAAAAGUCCAUUAUAUUACUUUAAUUUUUGCAUUGAAGACACACCCUCAUAUAAUAUAAUUAAACGAAUAACAGAAACAGAAGUUCGUUUUCAUCCUGGUAGACAAUUGAAUAUUCAAUUAUAUCCAAUCAUCUUCAAACGAGACUCUUUUAUUUCUUUUUGUGAUGUACUAAAAUCAGCCAAUGUAAUAAUGAAUGAUGGGUUUAUAAGAACAGAAAAAAAAAGAAUUCCUUAUGAAGUUGAUGUUGAAAAAUACAUUAGUCAAUUACAAUAUGAUGAACAAUUAAUAAAAAGAAAUUCUUGGAUUAAACAAAUUCGUGCUGACUGUACUGAAAAAAUUACACAAGAAACUCGAUGGGAUAAAAUGAAUCAAACAAAUGUUAGAAAAGCAUUAUUUUAUAGAGGGACAAAUGAAGAAUGUAGAUGUGAUAUAUGGAAAAAAUGUCUUGGAUAUAAUUUUGAAGAAGAAAAAUAUUCAAAAUUAGCAAAACAAGUAUCAUUAACUAUGGAUAUUCAAGUAAAUCAAAAUAAGAAAUUAUCAACUUGUUGGAAACAAAUUGAAAAUGAUAUUGGUAGAACUCAUAUUUCAACGGCAUGUUCUAAGAAUUGGAAUUUAAGUAAAAAAGAAAUUAAAAGUAUUGUUGAAAGAUUAUUAAAAUGUUGGACAUUAUAUAAUUUUGAUGGAGGUUAUCAACAAGGGAUGAGUGAUAUUUUAAUUGGACUAAUGGAAUAUAGUAAACUAGAAUAUGAGACAUUUGGAUUAUUUAUCAAAGUAAUGGAAAUGAUGAGUUUAGUAUAUUUAAAGAAUGAAAAAACAGAUAUUUAUAUGAGUCCUAUUAUUAAAGUUAUAGAUCCAGAUUUUCAUGGAUAUUUAAAAAUGGUUGGUAUUUCAUAUUCUUUUAUGUAUAAAUGGAUUAUAUUAUUAUUUAGAAGAGACUUUCCACAUACAGCUUGUGUUAGAUUAUGGGAUGCAAUUUUUGCAUAUCCAGAAAAUAAAUUAUAUUUUUUUAUUGCUGCAUCAUUAUUAAUUCAACAUAAAGAAAUUAUAAUGAAACAUAGAUUUGAAUUAGAUGAUAUAUCUAUAUUCUUUCAAAAAAUGGAAAAUAAAUUUGAUGAUAACAUUUAUAUUGAUGCUGAUAUUGCUGUAAGUUCUUUUAGAGUAAAUGCUUCAGAUAAAGAACAAUUACUUGUUUUUGGUUAA